AUGUGGAUCAAGCAACUGACCAAACGUGCGCAGGAGCUGGAAAUUGCUACCUUCGAUGGCGAACGAUCGAUCGUCGUUGUUACGGACUUUGCGAACCGCAACAAACUGCACGGGAUCGCACAAACCACCAGCGAGAUCAGCCCUGCCGUUGGAUGCGCGGUCGCCAUCGUGCUUUACAACCCAGGCGAGCAAGUGGACGGGCAAGAAAGGCCCGUUCAGACGGACGUCUGGCGCAUCUUUAGCGGGGCCAAGGACUGUGCGCAUUACAACGCUCUCCUAAUAGAAGAGAUUUUCGUGCACUACAGCGGCCAGGAACCACACAAGGAAUCAAAAUUGCAAAUGCCAGAAGGAGGAUGGGGAGAGCUUCGACAUGAUCGGCUGAGUCCGCCCACUAUGAGCGCAAUCGGGCGUGCAUAUUCCCGAGGCGCAGUGCCCGGCCUUAAAAAAAUUACGGUGAUUUCAGACGGAAAAACAUCGACGUAUAAGGGCGCACCUUCCUUUGGGUAUCUCUAUGGAAUUACAGAAAAAUACGACGUCGAGAUCAUGCAGAUGUUUGGCGCAGCGCACCACAUGAGCGGCCCGGUUGACGCAUACGGUACGUGGUCAUGCAACGGUUGUUACAUAUAUGGGGGCUACAACGACGGCGCAGCGAAACACUCUGACACGGACGUACCAGGCUGGGCAACUGUAGACGAACUUAAUGGAGGCAUCGAAUAUGCUGCUCCGACUGCGCAUUCAACCCAGCUGUAUUGCGUUAGGAUCAAAGCCCCGUGGACGCCAGAGCCGAAAGAACAUCCCCUGGCGCACGUGGACUCCGAGCCGGAUUCUGAUGAUUUGUUGUUUUGCACGGGCAAAAAUGGCAAAAAGAAGAUGUGCCUCCCAUGCAGAAAUCGCGAAAAUCAGGGCACCAUACUAUCCGGCGAGCCAGUAGCCCCGCUCGAGUGUGAUUAUCAGCACUGUUGUGGCACUCCGCGGUACGCGCAAGUGCUAGGCCACAGAGCUACCACGCAAGCACAGAAAAACAAGGAGCAAAUCAGGAAGACACAACACACACGCGAAAAAAUAGCAGCAAAGAAACGUCAUCGUCCCCUAAUACCAUUGUUGGGAUCAGAGUCCCUGCAGCACCUGGUGCACCUUCAAGAUAUAUCCUCCUAUUCUGCGCUUGUCGGAAAGCACCGCCAACAUUAUUUUCAGCGUUUUGCAUUGAAACUACAGAUUCGUGGUAAGACUCCCUCGGCUUUCACCAAAAUCACUCGAUAUUGCAAACAGAGCUCGGGUGCAAUAUUCCAUAGCGCACAUCUAACCAGAAACAGCAUAAGAAGUGACAGUACUCUUUGGCAUAUCAAGAAGCGACAGUACUCGUUUAGGGUAGUAGUAAGUCGACUUGUAAUCGAUGGGAGGCGACAAACAGUAAGAUUCGUCUGUAAGCAGCGAGAGAUUCAGGAAACAUACAAGUGGGUGCUAGUGGUAAGUCAUACUAGGCCUAUAUGUAGGUGCAUUACUCACCAAUGGAGCCAGCGGGACCGCUUCAACAGGGUUUUUGUUUGGAACCUCGUCCAACUUGCAUGGAUGGUGAAUUUCAUCCACCUUGUAACCGGUGGAGUUGACGACUUCUCGUGCACCAGUCGAGGGGGUCUUUCUCUUCAUAUCACGAGAACAUUUGAAGAGAGACACGCAGAGAACUACAACGCAGGCAGCAAAUGGUCCACAGAAGUGGUCGAAAAAACAGACGGCGACCUCGUUGGCUUUGGCAAGGGCGCAUUCGUGGGUGAAAACGUUAAAGUAGGUUUCAUGGUGAGUGUUGGAGUUCGUGUUGGAAUCUCAGUUGGACAGCGACAAUUAGAGCAGUCGCAGCUUAGAGUGUCUUCAAAAUCAGAACAGGACGAAUCUUUUUCCCUCCUUCAAACGAAAACAAGUAGCAUCCAUCUUCCAUACAGACGGAAUCUUUUUUAUAGUAACCGUCUUGAAGGGUUUCAGAAUAUUCAAAUGAUCCCGACCCGUCGCCAGCAGAGUCGAAAAGAUCUAAACGGUAGUCUGAACACUGUUGACUUCGUGCAAAAUGAAACAGUAAUAGAUGGCUAA